CAGAGCAUCCUUCCCAGAUGGAAACAAUGCAGCCCAUUUGCAAGGUUAAAGCAGAAUAUUUCGGAUGGCCAGGAUGAUCCAAGGCAGCUGUCAGGCUGGGAUGGCGGAGCUGGUCCCUUUAACCAUUGAGUCUCCAACUGUGACUGGGAGUCAGUUCUCAAAUAGGAAACAAGCCCUGGAAAUGGCAUCUACCUGGAAGUGCUGAAGCUUGCUUGGGCAAAAGAAAGGAGCCAACCUUUGCUGUGGGAUUUUCAUUCAGGUGCAUGCUGAGAGAGAAAGGAGUAACUGGCUGUGAUGAAGGAUCUCCACAGUAGAAGAGUGUCUGGGUCUAGGUGUUUUUUCACCUGAGUGGUGGAUUUAAUACUUGGAGAAAAGGGUGGUGUGUUUGCUUCAGUUGGCUUCUAAAAUGUGACUAAAAUCACCACUACACCAUUCAGUCUUCUUUUGUCAGUGUUCAUACCUGGUUCUUCUAAAGCUGGCAUCCCAGAAAGGGAGAAAAAACCCACAGAAGCAGAGUACCAAAGGAGAGAAAUGAAGCUCUAAUUUGCUUUAUAUGUGUGGAUAUCUAUUGGAUCAAUUCCAUAUCCCUUUGCUUCACGUGUCCUUGGAAAGCCUCUAACCAUGCACUCUUUGCAAUAACCCGUGGUCAGACUUAUGAAAUACUGGCUGUAUUUUCAAUUUUUCCCCCCUAUAUAUAUAUACCAAGUUUGAACAAUGAUUGCAGUGAAUUCAGAUGGGAAGAUAAUGAUCAGAAGAUGUCUCGUCACCCUAAGGCCUUUUAGGAUAUUUGUGGUGGGGAUUGGAUUUUUCACUCUCUGCUUCUUAAUGACAUCACUGGGAGGGCAGUUUUCAGCCAAAAGACUGGGAGACUCUCCAUUCACCAUCAGGACUGAAGUGAUGGGUGCUCUGGAGUCCAGAGGGGUGUUGAGGAAAAUGAGUGAUAUGCUGGAGAUGAUGGUGAAAAGGAUGGAUGUACUAGCCAGGCUGGAAAAUAGCACAGAUUUCCGAAAAGGGGAAGAGAUGCAUUUCCCUAUGGACAGGUUCCAUCCAGCAGUGGGCUUGAUGGAGAGGAUCCAAGCAAUUGCUCAGAACGUCUCAGACAUCGCAAUGAAGGUGGAUCAGAUUCUUCGCAACAGCCUCCUAAAUGGAAAACCAAUAGAAGGCAGACGGGACCAGUGUGAGGUGCCAAGGGAUGCCAAGUACCCUGACUGCUCUGGAAAAGUGGAGUGGAUGAGGGCCAGGUGGACAUCAGACCCCUGCUAUGCAUUUUUUGGUGUGGAUGGCACAGAAUGCUCAUUCCUCAUCUACCUCAGCGAAGUUGAGUGGUUUUGCCCUGUGCUGCCUUGGCGAAAUCAGACUGCAGUUACACCUUCCACAAAGCCACCACCCCGAGUGCAGGCAGCUUUUCAGAGAGAUUUCUCCUACCUCCUGGAGCUGAUCGGCAGCGGCAAGGAAUCUUUGAUCUUCAUGAAGAAAAGGAUCCGGCAUUUGGCCACCCAGUGGCUGAGGGCUUCCUAUCAACUAGAAGAAAAGUUGCAGGGCAAACCAAGAGACCAGAAACAGAUUUUGAUCCACAUUGGCUUCCUGACAGAAGAAUCGGGAGAUGUUUUCAGCCCUCGUGUGUUAAAAGGUGGCCCAUUGGGAGAGAUGGUUCAAUGGGCAGAUAUCUUAGCUGUCCUUUUCAUCCUUGGUCAUAGCCUGAAAAUCACAGUCUCCUUGAAAGAACUCCAAAGCAAUUUAGGAGUGCCUCCUGGACGGGGUAAUUGUCCACUCACAGUUCCUUUGCCCUUCGACCUCAUUUACACAGACUACCAUGGGCUACAGCAGAUGAAGCAGCACAUGGGCCUCUCUUUUAAAAAAUACAGAUGUCGUGUUCGAGUAAUUGAUACUUUUGGGACUGAGCCUGCAUACAAUCAUGAAGAAUAUGCUACACUGCAUGGUUACCGGACAAACUGGGGCUACUGGAACCUGAACCCUAAGCAGUUCAUGACCAUGUUUCCUCAUACGCCUGACAAUUCCUUCAUGGGGUUUGUGUCUGAGGAGCUCAAUGAGACAGAAAAGCAAUUGAUUAAAUCCAAUAAGGCCAACAACAUGGCAGUGGUAUAUGGGAAAGAGGCCAGCAUUUGGAAGUUGCAGGGCAAAGAGAAGUUUUUGGCCAUUCUUAACAAGUACAUGGAGAUCCACGGCACUGUUUACUAUGAAACCCAGCGUCCCCCUGAGGUCCCAGCUUUUGUCAAGAAUCAUGGCCUUCUGCCACAGCAUGAAUUCCAGCAACUACUAAGGAAAGCCAAGCUCUUCAUUGGGUUUGGUUUCCCUUAUGAAGGUCCCGCUCCUUUGGAAGCGAUAGCCAAUGGCUGUGUUUUCCUGCAGGCACGUUUCAAUCCACCCCACAGUUCACUCAAUCAUGAAUUCUUCAGAGGGAAGCCAACAUCUAGAGAGGUAUCCUCCCAGCACCCCUAUGCUGAGGAUUUCAUAGGGAGACCCCAUGUGUGGACGGUGGACUAUAAUAAUUCAGAAGAGUUUGAAACUGCUAUCAAAGCCAUUAUGAGGACCAAGGUUAAUCCUUAUCUGCCCUAUGAAUACACCUCUGAAGGGAUGCUGGAACGAAUCCAUGCCUACAUUCAGUACCAGGAUUUCUGUGCCACUGCUGCCCUGCCAGACAAGCCCAGCAGCCACACUAUGCAAAGCACUGCUAGCCCAUUCAGCCUGCAGCCCAAUUCCACCUACCUGAUCUGGUCCUACAGUUCCAGCAGCAGCCCUGCAAUCUGGCCCCCGGUCAAUUCGAUGCAGGUUUGGGUAUCUGAAACAGGCCAGGCAUGCACCAGUACUUGUCAGCAGCAUGGUUUGGUCUGUGAGCCUGAGUUCUUCAAAUUCAUCAACAAGAAAGAGGUGUUUCAGCAGAUCAACAUUGUCUGUGAUAGCACAGAGUCGGAAAUGAAUCACCUCUACCCAGCCAUGGCUGAAAAUGUCCAUGAGUGCUACCUUCAGAAGGACCCCCUGUUAUUCAGCUGUGCGGGUUGCAGUGCCAAGUAUCAGCGCCUCUGCCCAUGCCGUGAUUACCGGAAAGGACAAGUGGCCCUGUGCAGUGACUGUUUGUGAUUCCAGUGGGGCAUGUGCACACAAACAUGCAAGGAGUGACUCUCCCCCCUCCCCAUAAAAUCUUCUGCAAUACUCAAGAAGGUUCCAAACAGGACCAUCUUCUUGGAGACUUGUGAAAAUACUUGGAUGUCAGUGAGACUUCAUUGGUUGUUUUGUCUACCAGUCAAAGAUGAGUGACCCUUUUCCAACAUUAAUUUUAAGGUGUAUCUCCUCCACAUCCAAGACCACUGGAGACCUUGAAGAGGCUUAGAAGGACCACAUCAGAAAUCCUUCUGAAGGACAAGAAGGCACCACUUUAAAGAGUCCAUCUUCCUUAAACAUCUGUAUUUAUUUUUUAUGGGGGGCAAUUGAAAUUAAA